AUGGUGACUCUACCCAAGGGAAAGAAACCUAUAGGAUGUUUAGAUGAGGCUGAUGAAGCAUUGACUUCCAUAGAACAGAAUCUAAAACUUACAGCAGAAGAAACAGAGGAAGAUCCUUUCCUUCAAGAGGCUGGAACAUAUAGGAGAUUGAUUGGUAAGCUGCUAUACCUAACUCUAACUAGACCUGACAUUUCCUUUGUUGUGCAGGUGUUGAGCCAGUUUAUGCAAACACCAAAGGAAUCACAUAUGAAGGCUGCUUUGAGGCUAGUUAAGUAUGUCAAGGAUCGUCUAGGCUAUGGAGUAUUUCUGUCAGCAACUAGUCUAAUACAUCUCGAAUGUUUUUGUGACUCUGAUCAUGGAGGAUGUUCAUAUACAAGAAGAUCUGUCACCGGUUUUUUGGUCAAGUUGGGAGGAUCUCUUAUAUAUUGGAAGUCUAAGAAACAAAACAUUGUUUCCAGGUCAUCAACUGAAGUCGAAUACAGAGCAUUGGCUAUGGCAACAUCUGAGCUCACAUAG